AUGGACCCUGUGGGGGCAGACCCCUCAGCGCACCCAGGCCCUCUGACUCACCUAAGCCUGCCGGACAGCUCGGAGGCGCGGCCGCAGAGCGGAGCCGACGGGCGGAGCCUCCCGGGCAGCUGGACCAGGUCAUCCCCAGAGCCCGCCGCGGUCCUGAGGGAAGGUGUGCGCCAGUGCCUACAGCAACAGUGUGAGCAGACGGUGCGGAUCCUGCACGCCAAGGUGGCCCAGAAAUCAUAUGGAAAUGAGAAGCGGUUCUUCUGCCCCCCGCCCUGUGUCUACCUCGCAGGUCCCGGAUGGAGGGUGAAGCCAGUGCAGGGCCAAGCCCACCAGGCAGGGGAGACCGGGCCCAUCGUCUGCGGUUACAUGGGACUGGACGGCGCGUCCGGCAGCGCUGCCGAGACGCAGAAGUUGAAUUUCGAAGAGCAGCCGGACUCCAGGGAAUUCGGUUGCGCCAAGACCCUGUACAUCUCGGACGCAGACAAGAGGAAGCACUUCCGGCUGGUGCUGCGGCUAGUGCUCCGAGGGGGGCGGGAGCUGGGCACUUUCCACAGCCGCCUCAUCAAGGUCAUCUCCAAGCCCUCGCAGAAGAAGCAGUCGCUGAAAAACACCGACCUGUGCAUAUCCUCGGGCUCAAAGGUCUCCCUCUUCAACCGCCUGCGCUCCCAGACGGUCUCCACGCGCUACCUCUCUGUGGAGGAUGGGGACUUCGUGGCCAGUGCACGCCAGUGGGCUGCCUUCACUCUCCACCUGGCUGAUGAACACUGUUCCCAGGGAGACUUCCCGCCUCGAGAGGGCUAUGUCCACUACGGCUCCCUGGUGCAGCUGAUCUGCACGGUCACGGGCAUCACACUACCUCCAAUGAUCAUCCGCAAAGUAGCUAAACAGUGUGCACUCCUCGACGUGGAUGAGCCCAUCUCCCAGCUGCACAAGUGUGCAUUCCAGUUCCCAGGUGGUCCUCCAGGAGGAGGUGGCACCUACUUAUGUCUCGCCACAGAGAAGGUGGUGCAGUUUCAGGCCUCCCCCUGCCCCAAGGAGGCGAACAAGGCAGUGCUCAAUGACAGCUCUUGCUGGACCAUCAUCGGCACCGAGUCAGUGGAAUUCUCCUUCAGCACCAGCCUGGCGUGUACCCGGGAGCCUGUCACUCCGGUGCCCCUCAUCAGCACCCUGGAGCUGAGUGGCGGGGGCGAUGUGGCAACACUGGAGCUCCACGGUGAAAACCUCCACGCGGGGCUCAAGGUUUGGUUCGGGGAAGUGGAGGCCGAAACCAUGUACAGGAGCCCGCGGUCCCUAGUGUGCGUGGUACCAGACAUAGCCGCCUUCGGCAGCGACUGGCGCUGGCUGCGCACACCCAUCACAGUGCCCGUGAGCCUCGUGCGUGCCGACGGCCUCUUCUACCCCAGCGCCUUCUCCUUCACCUACACGCCGGAGUACAGCGUGCGGUCCGGGCCUGCGGGUGCCUCUGCGCCCGCCGCCGACGCCGAUGCGCUCCUGGAGAGCAUCCAUCACGAGUUUACACGCACCAACUUCCACCUCUUCAUCCAGACGUAG